AUGUCCGGCUUGAUCCACAAGAUCAAUGCCGUCGUCGCGAGCUCCCUCGUCGGCAGGUACUUUCGCCUUGAGGGCUCCGGUCAUCCCAAGGAGCGCAAAGGCAGUUACUUUACCACCGAGUUCCGCGCAGGCCUCGCGACCUUUUUCGCAAUGGCCUACAUCAUCUCUGUAAACUCAUCGAUCGUGUCAGACAGUGGUGGUACAUGCGUUUGUCCUGGACUCCCCGACGACCCCAUCUGUGAGACCAACGCCGAGUAUGCGCUGUGCGUCCAGGAAAUCAAACGCGAUCUCGUCACCGCCACAGCUGCCAUUUCCGCUUUGACAUCCUUCUGCAUGGGUCUGUUCGCCAACAUGCCAAUUGCACUCGCCCCUGGAAUGGGAUUGAACGCCUACUUUGCCUACACUGUUGUCGGAUUCCAUGGUACAGGCAUGGUUCCGUACGAGGUUGCACUCACUGCCGUCUUUGUCGAAGGUUUCGUCUUUGUAGGCCUUACCAUUCUCGGUAUCCGUCAGUGGCUCGCAAGGGCUAUCCCCGCAAGUAUCAAGCUCGCUACUGGUGUCGGUAUCGGACUCUAUCUCACCAUCAUCGGUCUCGCCUACUCUGCUGGUAUCGGUCUCAUCACUGGCGCUCAAUCCACUCCUCUUGAGUUGGGUGGUUGUGUUCCCUCGGCCCAAGUUGAUGGCGUUUGCCCAGGUGGUGCUAAGAUGAGGAACCCAACCAUGUGGAUCGGAAUCUUUUGCGGCGGUAUCCUGACCGUCAUGCUGAUGCUCUACCGUGUCAAAGGCGCCAUUAUCAUUGGCAUCAUGCUUGUGUCUAUCAUCUCCUGGCCCCGUACCACUAGCGUCACCUACUUCCCGCACACCCAGACUGGUGACUCCGCUUUCAAUUUCUUCAAGCAGGUUGUUACGUUCCACCCGAUUAGCAAGAUUCUGGCUGUGCAAGAAUGGGAUGUUUCGGCGCACGCUGGUCAAUGGGGUCUUGCUUUCAUCACCUUCCUCUAUGUCGACAUUCUUGACUGCACCGGUACCCUCUACUCCAUGGCCCGUUUCUGCGGUGCUAUUGAUGAGCGCACUCAGGAUUUCGAGAACUCUUCCAUUGCCUACUCUGUAGAUGCGAUCGGCAUUUCUAUUGGCUCGCUUAUGGGCUGCCCUCCCGUCACUGCGUACAUUGAGUCUGGUGCUGGUAUUUCCGAGGGAGGCAAGACUGGUCUUACUGCCAUGUUCACCGGGCUCUGCUUCUUCAUCUCCAUCUUCUUCGCUCCGAUUUUCGCCUCUAUCCCGCCAUGGGCCACUGGCUGUACGUUGGUCAUUGUCGGUUCCCUCAUGGCUACCUCGGCCAAGGACAUCAACUGGCGCUACCUGGGCGACUCCAUCCCGGCUUUCCUCACCAUUGCGGUUAUGCCUUUCACAUACUCGAUUGCCUAUGGUCUGAUUGCCGGUAUCUGCUCCUACAUUCUCAUCAACGCUAUGGUCUGGCUGCUCGAGCUUGCGUCUGGCGGCCGUAUCGUUCCACCCAACAAGGACGAGAAGGAGCACUGGACAUACCGUCUUGAGGGCGGCUUCUUCCCACCCUGGGUGCAGAGGCUUAAGAGUGGAAAGAUGGACUUCUGGAAGUCUAGCCCUCAGACUGAGGGCGUUGCGGAGACCCGCAGCGGUGGCAGCUCUACUCACGGCGAUAAAGAGUUCGUCAGUGAUAAGCAGGCUUAG